CUUAGACUAGGAUACUUUCUUACAUGAAAUUGCACAAUAUUAUGGAAAUCGCCCUCGUUAUGCGUGGUUUAUUGCGCUGUGUAUCCUAAUAUUCAGAGGGUGUUACGUGUUUUAUAUACUUUGUUGUUGUUUUUUUUUGUUCCCGUCACUUUGCUUAAUGCAAUAUGUAACUUCCUUCUCUACUAACCAUAGGUGGUGCUCAGCAACGAUAUAAAGAUAUACUGUAUAAUUUGUGUUUUUAAACAUAGAAAAUAUAGGUUAUUUGGAUAUACAAAGAAAUUAUCCUCAACAGAGUAUGAGAAUUAUCACUUUAUCACUAUUCGUGUGUUUUUUAACACUAACCGCUGAUGGUCAGAAAAUCUUCGACACUGGGGAAAAAUGUCCAGAUGAUGAGGAGCGACUACUUAUAAACCUGCGAUUAUCCAAUGCACAGAUGUUUGAGGACUUUAAACGGUCGAUAUAUAAAGAUGCCGAGGAUAUAUAUAGGAGAUUAACCACACUUGAGUCCAAAGCCUCGAACACGAAAUGGGCGUAUUUCCAGGGUUCCCUCUACUUCCUCACACUUGAAAAACGGACAUGGAAAACAGCGCAGGAAAUAUGUGCACAAAAUAGAAGUAGGUUGGUGGAAAUUGAAACGGAACAAGAACACGAUUUCAUUGUGAACAACAUAUAUGAACCAAAUUCACCAAAUGGAGGUUUUGUAUGGCUUGGCGCUACUUACAAUAAAAGUGAAAGCAAGUUUGUUUGGAGUUCCACUGGAUUGCCUCUGGGGUUUAGCUUCUGGAGAGCUGGAGAGCCCAAGGCGACUACAGAUGUAACGGAUUGCGUACAUGUACAUGUGAAGGAGAAAGGGAUCUGGGAUACCACUCCUUGCGGAUAUAGCUUUAGCUACUUGUGUGAAUUGAAAAUUACUUAACAUAACUACAUGUACAGGAUUCAUAAUUACACAACAGAUUAUUCGAAUUAUUGCUAUCAGAAUAGUAAAUUUGAAGGUCUAAUGACAAAUCAUUCCAACACAGAGAUGGAUAUGGACUAUGUAUUAGGGAAAACUUUAAAAUCAAGUAAAUGACUGGCUAGGGACAUUUUAUUUACAGAUCCAAAGUACAUGCUUAAACUGCUUACAAAGAUGAAUAUAUAAUGUUUUGAGUUUUGUAAUUUAGAUAUUUGUGAUAAACGUACAUGUUGUCCUUCAAUAAAAAGUUUGGUUCUCACAAUCGUGGGGUACGUAUAUUGAAAUACUACUGUUAUGGACAUGUUUGUGACGUAAUGUUUAAAUAAAUUGAUUUAAUGAUUAUUUACAAAAUAGGAUGCAUAAAACAUGUCUUUAGAAGGUGUAUAGUGUCAAAAUGUUAAAAAAAGAAAUUGAGCUUCCA